AUGACGUUCAACGUUCUUUUAGCGAGUAAAAUUUUCGUAUUGAACGAGGAAGAAGUACCAUCAAUCACCACUCCGGAAUCUGACGCCAUCAAUGUUACGCCUGAAAUGCAUCACAGGCGUUUAAUAUCAAUAAAGGACAUACAAAACGAUGCUGGAGCCAGGUCAAUAUCUCCAGUGAAACGCAAAUGUCGGUACACAGAUGAAAAUAAUAUAGAUGUGUACCCGUAUUAUUCAUAUACGGCAUGCACAGUUCAAUGUAGGAAGGAUGCGCAACUGCGAAUAUGCAAUUGCACCAACUUUUACAUGCCUAACACUGAGGAAGACUUAAAAUGCAAUAUGACUGGGGUGAUUUGUCUUAAUAAUAACUUGGAGACAUUAUCGGUGCUCAAAGCGCGUUGGUCGUCAAGAACAGGUUUAUUCUGCGACUGUCUACCAUCAUGUACUGAGGCGGAAAUAUUUACAGUGAAAGAUUUCAAGUCAGUUACAAAUAACGAUUACGCCUCAGUAGCAAUAGAGCUUGCCUUUCUUCCCACAGAGAGAUAUAGGAGGAACGUUGUGCGUGGUGCUUUAGACUUAGUUGUCUCUACAGGUGGCACGGGUGGCUUAUUUCUUGGCGCGACUAUACUUAGCUUCGUCGAGUUGAUCUACAUUAUACUAAUACGUCCCUUCUGCAAUAUUUACUCACAACGAUACAAGGACCCUUGGCAUGAAAAAUAUGGUCGAAAACUAGAAGACAACAAGUUUAUGCAACUUCGCUUGAAGCGCGAGUCUCUAAAAUGAUAAACAUUUACUUAAAAAUAUGUGUUUAGAUCUUAUCUAGAACUACU